AUGAUCACGCCAGAUGAUGAAGAUGUCCUUAAAGAAGAAAACAAGAUAAAAAAAUUUAUGGAUGAUGGUAAGGUGGAUCCAGAUGUAGCAGUUCAGAUACGCGGCCUAGUCAAGACUUACCCAGGAAAACUGGAUAAGAAGUUAAAGAUAUCUCCUCCAUUCCAUUCUGUUAAGGGCUUAUGGGUCAACUUCCCUAAAGAUCAGCUCUUUUGCCUCCUGGGGCAUAAUGGGGCUGGAAAGAUCACAACUAUCAGCUGCUUGACUGGUAUAACACCAGUGAGUGGAGGGGACGCAUUAAUCUAUGAUCAUUCCGUUCGAAGUUCUGUUGGAAUGUCCAAUAUCCGAAAAAUUAUAGGAGUAUGUCCUCAGUUUGAUAUCCUCUGGAGUGUAUUAAGUGGUGAAGAGCACCUUGAACUUUUUUGCAACAUAAAAGGCCUAAAUCCUGAUUCCAUCCCAACAAUUGUUCACAAAUUACUAGAAGAUGUGCAGCUGGCUAAAUCAGCUAAAGUCCGGUCUGGUAGUUAUAGUGGAGGCAUGAGAAGACGUCUCAGUGUUGCAGCAGCCCUUAUUGGUGACCCAAAGUUGGUGAUUCUUGAUGAACCGACUACUGGUAUGGAUCCACUUACUAGAAGACAUGUCUGGGACAUCAUAGAAAGUUCAAAAAGAGGGCGAGCCAUUGUUCUAACAACUCACUCAAUGGAAGAAGCAGAUGUUCUAAGUGAUCUUAUAGGGAUCAUGGCAAAAGGAAGACUACGUUGUAUAGGAACACCAAUUCGAUUAAAAAUGCGAUUUGGGACAGGCUUUGUUGCUAAUAUGAACUUCGACAAAAAUGUAGGCGAAACAGGUGACAGAAGCCGAGAGGAGUUGAAGCAGUUGUUUAAAAGGCAAUUGGAUGUUGAGCCCAUAGAGGAGACUAAGUUAUAUACUACCUACAUAAUUCCCCAUGAAAAAGAGCCACUAUUAAAGAUAUCCAGCUUGGCCUUGCAACUCUAG